GGCUGGAUUAGCAUGCCCGAUGUGGGGCUGUACACACUUCACUCACAUCUGUCGCAUUGUCACAUUGUUCUUCAUAGUCCUUGAUUUUGCACUUGGCAACAAAGAGCAGAUCUGUCUAUUUUUCAUAUUUGGGACCAUAGUACAGCCAACAUUGGAUUGAACCUGAGGUUAAAUAUACAUUGGGGGAAGCGACUCUGUGGCAUUUACUGCUGAGAGGGUGACACGGUGCUCCACAGAGAACCCUACGAUGCCACGCUCAUUUCUGGUCAAGAGCAAAAGGGUGUGGUCUCGCACCCGACGCCUCACACACUGCCACUCUCAGCCCAAGAGUGGACCCUUCGGCCGGCACCAGGAAGUCAAAAUGCCUCCGAGAAGCCCCUCACCAGAUGUGGUCAGACAAUUCCGCUCUGUCUCAGCAUUCGACUACAAUUCCCCAAGUCACGCUUCCAUGACAACUAGCCUUCAUCCUGGUCCCAAAGUGAACUCAAACUGGACUGCAUUUCCCAUGGGGGCGCCCAGAUGCCCUCCUCCCGACGGACUGGCCCAGUCUGAGAUGCCCUGGUGCCCCUACGGACCCGCCGGCUUGGAGAGGGAGAUGGAGUUGGAGAGGCUGGUCCACGCUUUGCUGACCUACCGGCAGCACAUCAACCUCAAGGCCCCCCUCUACGAGUGUCCCCUCUGUGAGAAGGUGCUGUCGUCUGGGGUAGGCCUGGUAACUCACCUGCGCAGGUCACAUGUCAGCAGAAUCCCGCUCCCAUUGGCUGGCUCAGUCAACUCUUCUGACCCUUCUUAUGGCUUCCAGUGGAGCACAGGAGUCUACGGCAGGACCAAGGAGCGUAGUUUUGGAUGUAAGGUGUGUGGGAAGGUGUUCAAGCGCUCGUCCACCUUGUCCACCCAUCUGCUCAUCCACUCAGACACGAGGCCCUACCCCUGCCAGUACUGCGGCAAGCGCUUCCACCAGAAGUCUGACAUGAAGAAGCACACUUUCAUACACACAGGGGAGAAGCCUCACGUGUGCGUGGUGUGCGGGAAAGCCUUCAGCCAGAGCUCCAACCUUAUCACCCACAGCCGCAAGCACAACGGAUACCGGCCCUUCGGCUGCCCGCACUGCUCGCGCUCCUUCCAGCGCAAAGUGGAGCUACAGCGCCACCUGGAGCAGAGCUGUGGCAACAGCAGCCGCAGCAGCAGCAGCAUGGGCACAGCUGGCUCCGACAGCUAUCACCCAAACUGAACUCUACUGUGUGCGCAAUGCACAAACAUACAUUCACAUAUAUAAAUAUAAAUGUAUUCUCUUUUCUGUGACUAUUCUGUAUGAUCAUCUUGUGCGCGUCCGUUUGCUUAAAAACACCCUAUUCAGUAUUGUGUGGUUCAUAUGCCUUGUGUGUGUGUGUGUACUUCAUUCCACCCUGAGGGUCUGUCGAGUUCUGGUGUGUACAAAUAAGAAAUAAAAGCCCCUGU